AGAACGAUACCCUUAAAUGUAACUGUGACGUCACAUCGUACACACAGCUGCUAACGCAAUAAACGAAGGUUAACCAACAGUGAAAUAAUCUCCUCUAAAAGCAAAUGUCAAGUGACCUGAUGGAUACAGGAGGCAGUCAAGGCGGCAUGCAGCCUGGCGGCUCAGACAACAACGGGGAAAUCAUCGGGGGCCCUCGGACCCCCCAGCAGAUGAUGGCCCAAAAGCGGAUGCAACAGACACAAGCUCAAGUUGAUUCAGUGGUUGGUAUUAUGAGAGUCAAUGUGGAGAAGGUGCUUGAGCGUGACCAGAAGCUCUCAGAGCUCGACUCCAGAGCAGACGCACUCCAGCAGGGCGCUGCUCAGUUCGAGCAGCAGGCGGGCGCUCUCAAGCGCAAGAUGUGGUGGAAGAACCUUAAGAUGAUGAUAAUCAUCGGCGUUGUUGUGGUCAUCCUGCUGAUUAUCAUUAUUGUUGCGGCGACGCAAGGAACAAAAACAGAAGCGGCCAGUCCCUGAGCGACAUGUUACAACAUGUGCAACACAUGGUUGUGUUGUGCAACACAUGUUUGUG